AUGCUGGCUGAGGAAGGCAUGGCCGGUCCCUCGCUGUGUGCUGCCACCACGGCGGCCUCUCCGGAUCUGCACAAGGUGCCCGGCUUUGGAGAGAGUAAAACCACACAGUGCUCCUUUUCAAUUGAGAGUAUAUUGGGACUGGAGCAGAAAAAAGAUGGCAUUCCAGCUGGGAAACCUCACAGACCCUGGAUGGAUGCAUGUACCAGCUUGGUUUUAGGUGAUGACAGUAAUCCCCAUCUGCAAAUCCCUGUUGUUUGCUAUGAAAAUCCAUUGUUUCAUACUAGAAGUGAUCCAGUGCAAGAGGAAAAAGUUUUGAAAUGUGAAAAAUAUUUUUCAGUCACUGAAAGGCUGUCUUUCAAACGAGAAUUGAGCUGGUACAGGGGUAGAAGACCAAGAACUGCAUUCACUAGGAACCAGAUUGAAGUCUUGGAAAAUGUUUUUAAAAUGAACUCCUACCCCGGCAUUGAUAUUAGAGAAGAGUUAGCUCACAAAUUAGAUUUAGAUGAAGACAGGAUCCAGAUCUGGUUCCAGAACCGUCGUGCAAAGCUGAAAAGAUCUCACAGAGAAUCUCAGUUUCUGAUGGUGAAAAAUACUUUCACCUCCAGCCUGCUAGAGUAG